AUGGCUUCUUUCGCGACCGUUAAUUGCUUUCUUGUUAACGCUUUCUCUCUGGAAAGCAAGCUAAAGAAUUUCUGCUUUUCGGUGGCUUUCUCUCUGCGACCUCUCGCCAAUUUAUUAUUCUAUCUCUCUUUUUCAUCCGCCGAAUUUGAAGGGAAUGAUAAAACAGAUAAGGCUAAAGCCACGGCGUUUUUCCCUCUCAUUAUUCUUUGCGUUUUUUUUUUGUCUUUCUUUCUUUGUCCUUUGAUUCUAUAUCCCUGUCUAACCUCAUUUCGUUUUUUUGUCUGUAUCUUUCUUCUUGUCUUUGACUGUUCAUUCAAAUUCCCUCAGAUUACUCCAUUCGUUUUUUGUCUUCAUAUUUCGUUCUUUUUUUCUUUGUUCCUUCUAACUCCUUGUCAUUCCUCCUUUCGUUUUUUGUCUUUAUCUUUAUUUUUGCUAUUUUUAUCCGUUGUUUCAAAUUCCCUCUCAUUCCGCCUUGCGUUUUGUUUUGUCUUCAUCUUACUUUCGUCUUUUCAUUGUCCGUUCAUUCUAAUUCCCUCUCAUUUCUCCUUUCGUUUCUUAGUCUGCAUCUUUCUUUCGUCUUUUCUUUGUCCGUUGAUUCUAAUUCACUCUCAUUUCUUCUUCAUUUUUUUAUGUCUGCAUCUUUCUUUCUUCUUUUCCUUGUCCCAGUAUUACACUUCUAUCUAUCUAUCUAUCUAUCUAUCGAUCUAUCUAUCUAUCUAUCGUGUUUCUUUUCUUCCUGUUUUUCAUUUUUCUUCUAAGUUUCUUUUUCCCUUUUUCUUUAAUCAUUUGUUUUACCAAAACGUGUUUUCUUGUUGUCUUGAUGUUCUUUUUAUGCUUGUUCAUUUUUCAUUCUUUUUGUCUUUAUGCAAUUUUUUUCUCUCUCUUCUUUUUAUACGUUUUCACUUCAUAUCUACCGAAGUGUGUUCAAAUCUAUCUAUCUAUCUAUCUAUCUAUCUAUCUAUCUAUCUAUCUAUCUAUCUAUCUAUCUGUUUGUAUGUAUGUAGCUAUCUAUCGAUAUAUCUAUCGAAGUCUGUUCAGAUCUAUCUAUCUAUCUAA